AUGGCUAUCAGGAGAAACGGGCUUGCACUAUGCACACUCCUCGCUAGGGCGGCUAUUGCUUCACCCUUCCUCCGCACCUUCAAGACUGGGAUCGCAGCCGGGAACGGCGGAGCCGAAACGGGGUCAAGAGAAUUUUGGUACCACCUUAUAAUCAGCACUUUCCUUGUCCUAGCUGGAGGUGUAUUUGCUGGAUUGACGCUGGGUCUGAUGGGUCUUGAUGAAUUACACCUUCGAGUACUUGCAACAUCGUCUGAGGACAUGAACGAGAAGCGUAACGCCCAAAAAGUUCUCAAUCUCAUUCAUAAGGGCCGCCACUGGGUUCUCGUGGUCCUCCUUAUCGGGAAUGUGAUUGUCAACGAAAGCUUGCCAAUCUUUUUGGACAAUGCUCUUGGAGGCGGUGUGGCAGCCAUCGCCAUCUCAACGACAGCCAUUGUUAUCUUCGGGAUCAUCCCACAGGCGAUCAGCGUCCGAUAUGGACUCUUCGUCGGAGCGACAUGUGCACCGUUGGUGAUAGUUUUAAUGUACCUCUUUGCGCCCAUUGCCUACCCCAUCGCGAAGCUGCUGGACCUCGUUCUCGGCGCAGAUCAGUACCAUAUGUACAAGAAGGCCGAGCUCAAAUCUUUCCUGCAGCUCCACCAAGCGGGAGAGGAGCCGCUUCGCAAUGGCGAGAUCGCUAUCUUGAACGGGGUGCUGGAGCUUAAUACGAAGAACGUUGAGAUGAUCAUGACGCCCCUUCGAGAUGUCGUAAUCCUCAGUGCGGAUGAUAUCCUCGACUACGACGCUGUUGCUGCAAUUUUACAGAGUGGUUACUCCCGUUUCCCAGUUCACGAACCAGGAAACCCCACGUUCUUCGUCGGUCUCUUGCUAAUCAAGAAACUGUUGACAUACGAUCCAAGUAGAGCUCUGCCUGUAUCCGCCUUUCCGCUAUCCAUUCUCCCUGAAGCGCAUCCGUCGAUCAAUUGUUUCCAGGCUCUGGAUUAUUUCCAAAUAGGACGUGCUCACUUGCUUUUGGUCAGCCUUACCCCCGGUAAACCAGGCGGUGCGAUUGGCAUCAUUACCCUUGAAGAUAUCAUCGAGGAAAUUAUCUCCGAAGAAAUCGUCGAUGAAACGGACCAGUACCAAGACAAUCAUACCAAGAUUCAGGCGAGACGGUCAAUCACGUCGACCAUGAUGAGCGGAAUCGUCGAGUGCCGCCAAGCUCCGAAGCCACCCUACAUCCUGUUCAAUGAGAGCACUGCGCUCCUUGGUCAUAUAAAUAGUCGAACUGCAUCUCUGCCAGUGGGCGGAAUACCGCGGAAUUAUGCUAGCGUUCAUACCGGAACGUUUUCUCGUACACCAACGUCGACUCGUUAUUGA